CGGAGCGCAAACAUGGGGAACGCGCACUCCAAAAGCAGCAGUGACGGCGCCAGGCGGCCCGAGCUGUCCAUCUGCGGCGCGUUCCCCAGAAAGUGGGGCGAGAACGUGUUGUUGGAUAACGAGCUGCUCACCUCCCGGGUCCUGUCGGUGCUCCGGCCAGAGCGGGGCAUGGGCGCGGGUGACCUGCGCUGCCCAGCCCACUUCCUAAGCAGCAACUCCGUCUUUGCCUCCGUAGCCGCCUCGCUGAAGGACCGCCCUAGGGCCGGCCUCCUGUCCCAGGGCAGCCCGGGCCUGUCCAGGAAUGUCGGCAUGACGGUCGCGCAGAGAGGGGCUCCCCAGCCAACACCAGGCCCGGCCGGAGCAGCAACAGUGCGCCUCGGCCCAGUCUCAGGAGAGAUGGAUGAGGCUGACUCUGCCUUUGUCAGAUUCAAACAGGCAGCUGACGACUCUCUCUCUCUCACGUCCACCAGUGCCGAAUCCGUCUUCGUAGAAGACCCCUACACGGCCUCACUAAGGGGCGAGAUCGAGUUGGACACUCGUGAGUUCGAGGCCGAGUCCUGGAGCCUCGCCGUGGAGCCAGCCUACGCCAAAAAGCAGAAGAGAGAGGUGGUAAAACGGCAGGACGUGGUAUACGAGCUAAUGCAGACAGAGGCACACCAUGUACGCACGCUCAAGAUCAUGCUGAGGGUGUACUCUAGGGCUCUUCAGGAAGAGCUGCAGUUCAGCGCCAAGGCCACCGGCCGCCUCUUCCCCGUCGCCGAAGACCUGCUGUUCCUGCACGGUCACUUCCUCGCCCGCCUCAAGGAGCGCCGCCAGGAGGCUCUGGAGGAGGGCAGCGAGCGGAAUUACAUCAUCCAGAAGAUCGGGGACCUCCUGGUGCAGCAGUUUUCAGGUGAAAACGGGGAGAAGAUGAAAGAGAAAUACGGUGUGUUCUGCAGCGGCCACAACGACGCAGUCAGCCACUACAAGCUGCUGCUGCAGCAGAACAAGAAAUUCCAGAACUUGAUCAAGAAAGUGGGCAGCUCGUCCAUCGUGCGGCGGCUGGGCGUGCAGGAGUGCAUCUUGCUGGUGACCCAGCGUCUCACCAAGUAUCCAGUGCUGGUGGAACGCAUCCUUCAAAACACGGAAGCCGGCACCGAGGACCACGAAGACUUGACCCAGGCCUUGAACUUGAUCAGAGACGUCAUCUCGCAAGUGGACGCCACCGUGAGCGCGCACGAGAAGGGCCAGCGGCUGCGCGAGAUCGCGGGCAGGAUGGAGCUCAAGUCCUCCGGCAAGUUCAAGAACGGGCUGGCCUUCCGCAAGGAGGACAUGUUGAGGCGACAGCUGCAGCUGGAGGGCAUGCUGUGCUGGAAGACGGCAUCCGGGCGCCUGAAAGAUGUGCUUGUCGUUCUGUUGACCGACGUGAUGCUGUUGCUGCAAGAGAAGGACCAGAAAUACGUCUUCGCUUCGGUGGACUCCAAGCCCCCGGUCAUCUCCUUACAAAAGCUCAUCGUGAGGGAGGUGGCCAACGAGGAGAAGGCCAUGUUUCUGAUCAGUGCCUCCCUGCAAGGGCCGGAAAUGUAUGAGAUCUACACCGGCUCCAAGGAGGACCGCAACGCCUGGAUGGCCCACAUCCGCCGGGCCGUGGAGAGCUGCCCCGAUGAGGAGGAGGGACCUUUCGGUGAGGCCGAGGAGGACAGGAAGGUGUUGGAGGCCCGUGCCAACCGACUCCGGGACUUCCAAGUCCGGCUGAGCCAACAGGACCAGCUGAUCGCCAAGAGCCUAGCCGAGAAGCAACACAUCUAUGUGGAGAUGGCCGAAAUGGCCGGCCUCGAAGAUGCCACGCACUCCGGGCUCCUGCUGCGCGGUGGGGACCCCUCCGAGACCCUGCAGGGGGAACAGAUCCUGAGGUCGGCCAUGAGCGAGAUUGAGAUCCUCCAAAACCUGGUCUGCGGACGCCUGGCCAGCACCAAUGGCCACCCGGACGAUGAAUGCGGCUCGGCUGGUCCAUCCUGGAGGACAGACAGCUCCGGGGGCCAGGGCAGCCCCAGUAGCCCCAGCAAGAAUGGCAGUUUCAAGAAGGGCAGUGACCCCCGGCCACAAGACUGGCAGGGCCCUGCGAGCGUCCCCGACCCAAAGCCAAGCGACGGUGAAGGUCUAGGUGGCUCCGAGGAUACCCCACAGGCGGUGGAGGCGCAGGACACCGUGUCUGCUCCCAGACUGCGCCUGGAGUCAGAGCUCAUCCAGCGCAUCCAGACGCUGUCCCAGCUGCUGCUCAGCCUCCAGGCAGUCAUUGCGCAGCAGGACAGCUACGUGGAGGUGCAGCGGGCGUCGCUGCAGGAGCGCGAGCAACAGAUGCGGAUGCAGUCGACCCGCGGGAACCUGCUGCUGGAGCAGGAGCGGCAGCGCAACUUCGAGAAGCAGCGGGAGGAGCGGGCGGGCGUGGAGAAGCUGCAGCAGCAGCUGCGCCAGGAGCAGCAGCGCUGGGAACGCGAGCGCGAGCGCCAGCGGCAGGAGCUGGAGCGCGCCGGCGCGCAGCUGCAGGAGCGCGAGCACGAGGCGCGCCAGCUGCGCGCGCGCCUCGACCAGGAGCGCGCCGAGCUCGAGCGCCAGCGCCAGGCCUACCAGCACGACCUGGAGCGCCUGCGCGAGGCCCAGCGCGCCGUGGAACGCGAGCGCGAGCGCGUGGAGCUGCAGCGCCGCCUCAAGAAACAGAACACGAUGCCCGGGCCACUGUCGCCGCCACCGUCCGAGGCGCUGCUGGAGGGCCAGCCCCCCAUCCACAGCCCCAGCUUCAACGGAGAUGGGCUGGAAGCACCCACAGCGCUCCCCUCCAAAGCCCUGGCACCCCGGGUGAGCCUGGUCAUGCAGGGCUCUGGGGCCGAAUAUACCACCGAGCGACCCGAAGUGACACGCAGGGACAGCACCCCAGGCGAGGGCCGGCUAGCCAAGAGCGACGUCCCCAUCCAGCUGCUGAGCGCCACCAACCAGAUCCAGAGGCCCACGGCCGUGCAGCAGCAAAUCCCCACCAAGCUGGCGGCCUCCACCAAGGGCGGCAAGGACAAGGGCAAAGGCAAGGGUUCCCAGCGCUGGGAGAGCGCAGCCGCCUUCGACCUAAAGCAACAGCUACUGCUUAACAAGUUCAUGGGCAAGGAGGAAAAUGCCACCCGCAACCGCCGCUCGCUCAGUCCUGUCCUACCCAGCAGCCUCAGCUCCGCGCCCCCCACAGACUCCAGCUUCCCAGGCCCGAGCCCAACCCCAGCUGAUGCACCCCCCGAAGGCUUCGCGCUGAAGGCCCCUGGCGCGCCCCCACCCCCCUCGCCACUGCUGCCCACCACAGCACUGCCCACCACACCGCUCAGCGCCCACGAGGACACCAGCAAGGAAGAUGUCAUUUUCUUCUAGAAGGGCCGCGGCACAAGGUGCGCGCCCCUCCCUGGCCUGCCCUCCCUCCGGGCCUCUGGGGACUUGCAAGAGGUGGCUGUGAGCCACCCAGCUGUCCCUGCUCUGCUUCCUCUCAAGCACACACCGGGCAACCACCCAGCCGGGUCAGCUGUUGAUGCUCCCACUGGUAGCCUGGCUACUCCGGCCAGCUCGUGGCUUUGCGUUUAUACAAAGGAAAGUUCUCGUCAGAAGUUGGACCCACGCUCAACCAAGGAACUGUGCUUCCUAGCUCCAACCCCGCCCCGUGAGAGGGGGCCGUGUGUCCAUGGCAGCGAAGGACAAGGGCCCGAGGGCAGCCUGCGGAGCUAGUGGCUGGUGCCCAACUUCACAGC